CAGCUCAUGAGACAGCACACAGCGAGAGGACCUGAAGCUCUCAGCAUCAGACAACAAGCAACCCAAAGCCUAGUCCGAGCAGGAUUCUGAAGACGAUCCAUACAACGAACUUUCCUCAAGAGGAUGAUGAAGUACUACCAGUGCCCAGUGACCCAGAGCGUGACCUACGAGGGAUGCAACACCAAACCAGGGAGUCCGCUGCCCUGCUUUCCUUCACGCAAGUCUGUAAAACCUGUCCGCAACGUCCACUUCCCCAAUGACGUGGUCUUCCAGGAUUACGUCCGUCAGGGAGAGCUGGAGAGGAUCGGGCGCUUUAUUCGGACCAGAAGGGUGACCCUGGACACAAUGUACCCUUCAGGCAUGGCAGCCAUCCAUGAGGCAGUACUCUCUGGGAACCUGGAGUGUGUGAAGCUGCUGGUGAAAUACGGCGCCGACAUCAUGCAGAGAGACGAGGACGGUUGGACGCCGCUCCACAUGGCCUGCAGCGAUGGAUUCCCACACAUCGCCAAGUUCCUGCUUUCUCUUGGCGCUGACCCAGAGGCGGAAAACGACUGCGGAGAAAAACCCGCCGACCUCAUCGACACCUACUGCAAAGAGCUGGUCGAGAUGUUCGGCGUCGGAGGAGACUGAACCUGGGGUGCGUCUGUCUGGUGCAUCGACUCAGCUCAAGCUUUCUUCUUCGUCUCAUGAUGACGGAGAGUGACCCAGGGUGUAACCGCUGCUACGUCCAGCUCUUGUGGGGAACGAGAUCUUCUGGACGUCAGUGUAGGUCUGAUGGUGUAGAACUGCAGACGUGGAGUCUCGAACGUGGGAGUUCAUGCAGAGAGACGCAUUUCUCCCACUGGGGGACGAGAAACAAUGUGACUGUUUUUUAAUAUAAGUGUAUGCGUUUUAUUAUAUAUCUUACAGCUCGGUGCAAAGGUUUGUCCCCCAGGGCAAUGCAAAAGUAAGAGGUUUGUUGUGUAGCAAAUGCUUUUUUUUUUUUUGCUAGAUAAAUUGUAUAAAAGAGGUACACUUUAUUUCAUACUCCUGUAUUAUCGUUACUUUAUUAUUGUUGAUGUUAACUGUACAAUACUUAUUUUUAUUUCUACUUUGCAUGACCCAAAUUCUUGUGCUUUUAUACCUUGUUUUUUGACGUAAAUAUUUUGACUAUUACACUAAAUCAUCCUUCUUGCUUUAUCACAUCCGCUUUGUUUAAUCUGCAUCGGUUGAAUCCAAGAUAGAAUCACAUCCACUAUUUUAUUACAUUAAAUAUUAAAUAUUAUUAAAUAUUGCUUGUAUUUAUUUGUUCUAAAUGAACACAUAAAUACAAACUCAGUGUGUGCAAACUCAUUGCAAAAGUUUGCGCCCCCCUCAGGACUGACAAGGGUGCAGUGCAAAAGUUUGCGCCCCCCUCAGGACUGGCAAGGGUGCAGUGCAAAAGUUUGCGCCCCCCUCAGGACUGACAAGGGUGCAAUGCAAAAGUCAGAGGUUUGAUGAGGGUUGUUGUGUGAUAAUAUGUAUAUGAAAUGUUUUUUAUAUAUAUAUUAUUAUUGUGGUAGAUAAAUUUUAUAAAAGAUUUUUUUAUUACAUUUUUAUUAUAACAUUGCAUUAUUAUUCUUGUUGUUAAUUGUACAAUACUUAUUUUUAUUUU